AUGCAUGAACUUACUAUCUCUUUACCAUUUGCCAUGUGGUAUUCCCAGGGGACAGUUGGGUUUCUUGUCCAUAAGCUGGACAACCAGCCACAACCCACAAACCAAGAGACCUAUAUGUAUCCCUGGGCUUUUCCUUCAGGCUAUUAUCUGAACUAUACCAGUAAAGUUUCCCAAAGGGACAACAUAGGAAUAAGAUUAGAUACAAGGGGCAUUAAGUAUAAAGCAUAUCAUCAUAAAAAUGUCAUGAUUGGCCAUCUUCUCUAUCUGUUCUUUAUCCAUUCAAGAAAUUCCACUAAAAAAUCUCCAGUAAAUCUGAAUGGAGAUUCAGAAACUAUUUGA